AUGCAAUCAUCUGCACGCUUAAGAUCAUCGACUCUCGAUCGAUCGUUACAGAAAACAAAAGGAGAUGCAAAUUUAAGUACAUUUGCAUUAUUAUUCUCUGAAAUGGUGCAAUAUUCACAAAAUCGUGUUGAUAAUAUAAAUGAUCUUCAAAGCAGAUUAGCUGACUUCGGUAAACACGUAGGUAUUCGUGUUCUCGAUUUAUUUUUUUAUCGUGCUGGUAAAGACAAGCGUGAGGUACGGCUCACACCAAUGCUUGUUUUUAUUCAAAAAGUUUUUUGGAAAUUUUUAUUUAAUCGCGAAGCUGACAAUCUUGAACAGCAUGCACAAGAAGUAAAUGUUUAUUAUCUUAUUGAACGUGAAUGUUUGGUUAAUAAAUUUAUUUCUGUUCCCAAUGAUAAAGGCAAUUUGAACUGUGCUUCAUUUGUGGCGGGUAUUGUUGAAAGUGUCUUAUGUUCGAGUGGUUUUACAUGUAAAGUUGUUGCUCAUCAAGGAACUCGUGGUACAACUUAUGUCAUUAAUUUUGAUAAGACAGUUAUGGAAAGAGAAAGUCGACUUGAUAGUAAAUGA